AUGGCAUUACUGAAAAAGAGAACCAGAAAAACUCCCCCAGCAACUAAACCAGUUAAAAAAGUUUCUUCUCCCCCAUCAUCCAACCAUUUCACCCAAAAAGAGUUAAAGCAGGCUUACGAUAUGGUCGUCAAUGACUUAUUCGACUGUUUUCAGCAAAUGGAAGUAGGACAAAGUGUCAAGCUGGGACCUUUAGGAGUUUUUAAAAAAACCGCUCGGCAAUACGACAUAACCGAUGAUGAGGGUCAAAGACAUAAAGGAUCUUAUUAUCAUUUCGGCUUCAAAAUGUUUAAGAGUAGUAAUACAUUAGGGCAGCAACCCGGAAAUAAAUUUGGUUUGGAAAGUUCGGAAAAAAACGAGCAAGCCGAGUUAGUGGAAAGAAUAAUCCAAAAAUACUUCACCAAGGAAAAUUUACUGAUUUUAUCAGGAGCCUUGGCUUUUAUUCUGUUGCGAGCUGAUUUUCAAAAAGAAUGGUUACUACCCGUAAUCUCCUUAGUUUGUCUGCUGCUCUUUUUCUACAAGGAAGACGUAAAAGAAUUGCCGCUCUUGGAAUAUUUGCCUUUGGUGGGAGCUUUUUCUUCUGGUUUUGUAGCCCAAGCUCUUUCUUUGCUUCCGUCCUUGCUUGAACCAGUCCUGGGUCAAAAACUUCCUCCGGUGUUAACCGGUGGAGAAGUAGCCGAAUUACGGAACGCUUUACAAGACUUUGGGAACAAGUUACAAAAAGUUCUCGAACAGCAAGACACUAUUGGGGAUACUUUACUACAAAUGAAAAAUGAUAUUA